AGGGAGAAUGUGAAGAAACAGCAGGUGGCGCUAGUGCACUGUUUUAGUUUGGGAUCUGCUGUUAGAAGGAAGAAGAAGGAGAAAGCAGAUGAAGUCGUGUCAGGUGACAAACAUCAAUCGUGAAGAUCGCACAGGUGUUUAACAGCGAUCACAAACCGGAAGUGUUUGAAAGACUUCUGGAUUCUGUUCCUGCAGCACAAGAUCGUCUGAACUACUGCAAGUCAUGAUGAGCAUCUGAUCGUCUUCAGAGACACAAAGAUCUCAGUGUUGAGCUGUUCAUCUGCAGUAUGUCAGAGAAGAGAGGAAAGAUGAGUCUCUCACACAAACAGAGUGUAAGAUCAGGAUCAAAUGUGUCUGUGAAGAGUGAACGAUCAAAGGAUAAUGACAUACCAGAUUUAAGUGAGAAAAAAACAUCUAUCAAAAGUGUAAGAUCAGACUCACAUGUGUCCAGUUCUGUGUCUGUGAAGAGUGACCGAUCAAAGGAAGAACCACUAAACUUCAGUGAAGAAACAACAUCACGAACCAAACGGCUUCAGUAUGAAACAUUAGAUCCAGGUUUACACUCUCACAGGAACCACAAUAAUUUUACAGACAGUCUCCUGCAGAUCUUCCAGGAUCUUGAGAGCAAAAUAAUCACAUUUCUGAAGAAAGAACUGGAAAAGUUUAAGAAAAUAUUACAAAAAGAGAACUUGCAAUACUUUGUGAAGGACUUUAAUGAGAACAGAUGCAGUAUGAAAGAAGCAGCUCUUGAUCUCACGCUCUACUUCCUGAGAGAGAUGAAGCAAGAUGAAGCUGCUGAUACUCUAGAAGAUAAUCUGGUCUUCAUUCAUCAGCUAAAGUGUAGCCUAAAGAAGAAGUAUCAAUGUGUGUUUGAAGGAAUAGCAAAGGAAGGUGACUCUACACUUCUGAAGAACAUCUACACAGAUCUCUAUAUCACUCAGGGUUGUAGUGAACAGGUCAAUACUGAACAUGAGGUGAGACAGAUUGAAGUUGCUUCCAGACGUCAUGAAUCACAGGAGAUACAGGUUGAGUGCAAACAUUUGUUUGAAGCACCUGAACAAGACAAGCAGAUCAGAACUGUACUGACAAAAGGAGUUGCUGGCAUCGGAAAAUCAGUCUCUGUGCAGAAGUUUGUUCUGGAUUGGGCCGAAGGAAAAGAAAAUCAAGAUAUCAGCUUCAUAUUUCCUCUUCCAUUUAGAGAGAUGAACUUAAAGAAGCAAGAAAAACUAAGUUUGAUGGACCUUAUAACUCAGUUUUUCCCAGAGACAAAAGGACUGAACCUUACAAGAAGAAAUCAGUUCAAAGUCUUGUUCAUUCUUGAUGGAUUGGAUGAAUGUCGAUUUCCUGUAAACUUUAAGGAUAAUGAGACGUGGUCUGAUGUUUCAUCACCAGCCUCUCUGGAUGUUCUCCUGACGAACCUCAUCAAGGGAAAUCUGAUUCCUUCUGCUCUCAUCUGGAUCACCAGCAGACCAGCAGCUGCCAGUAAGAUUCCUCCUGACUGUAUCGACCGGCUGACAGAGAUACGAGGAUUCAAUGAUGCACAAAAGGAGGAGUACUUCAGAAAAAGAUUCACGGAUGAGAAUCAGGCCAAAGAAAUCAUUGAUCAUGUUAAACAAUCAAAGAGUCUCUUUAUCAUGUGCCACAUCCCAGUCUUCUGCUGGAUUUCAGCCACUGUUCUCCAGAACAUUUUAGAGAAGAAAAGAAAUAAUGUUGUGAAAAACAAUCAGGCUGAUGAUGUCUCCAAAACACUGCAGGAGUCAAAUACUGAAGACACUCCUAAGACUCUGACACAAAUGUACACACACUUCCUCAGAUUUCAGAUCCAGCAGAGCAGACGAAAGUAUGAUGGAGAAUAUACACCAGAUGUUUCCUGGGAUAAAGAUGCCAUCUUUUCACUGGGGAAACUGGCAUUUGAUCAGCUGGAAAGAAACAAUGUGAUCUUCUAUGACACAGAUCUGGAAGCCAGUGGUAUUGACGUCUAUAAGGCAUCAGUGUACUCAGGCAUGUGUACCCAGAUCUUUAAGGAGGAAACAGGGAUCACUCUUGGUACCAUGUACUGCUUCGUUCACUUGAGCAUUCAAGAGUUUAUUGCAGCCCUUUAUGCACAUCUGUUUCUAGACAGAAAGAAGAAAUAUGUGUUUGAUCAAGACUCUACAGAACAGGAAAAUAAAAGUGAAAACAUGAUUGAUUUGCUCAAGACUGCAGUGGACAAGGUGCUUGAAAGUGGUGGUGUUUAUCUGGGCCAUUUCCUUCACUUUCUUCUUGGACUGUCACUUCAGUCCAAAAAAAACAUGACUGAUUUGCUCAAGACUGCAGUGGACAAGGCACUAGAGAGUGAUAAUGGACACCUGGAUCUCUUUCUUAGAUUCCUCCUUGGUUUGUCUCUCCAGUCCAAUCAGAGGCUCUUACAGGGUCUGUUGACACAGCAAGAUAGAAAUGAGCAGAGCAAAAAGGAAAUAGUUCAGUACAUCAAGCAGAAAUUAGAGUCUAAUCUGUCUCCAGAGAGAUCCAUCAAUCUGUUCUACUGUCUGAAUGAACUGAACGACCAAACUCUGGUGAAAGAAAUUCAGACCCACCUUAGCAAAGGAAGUCUAUCAUCUGCUGAUCUUUCUCCUGCCCAGUGGUCUGCUUUGGUCUUUGUGUUGUUGACAUCAGAGGAGGAGCUGGAGGAGUUUGAGCUUCAGAAAUUCAAGAAAUCAGACGAGUGUCUCAUUAGAUUAUCAGCAGUCAUCAAAACCUCCAAAAGAUCGCUGUAA